CACACACACACACACACACAUCAUUUUGAGGGAAUGAUUAAUCUCUGAAGCAGCCCCUGAGAGCUCAUUUUUGUGUCUGUUUGUGUAAACAUUUAUAAGAUUAAAGACAGAAGAUGGACUGCAGGAAAGAUGUAAAAGUGAGCUAGAUGGAAUGUAGAUUGUGUGGAGAACGGGAGACUUUCCUUCCCCAUCAGGCUGCCAAAUACGGAGUGCCAACUAUUCAGCCUCAACCUCAGGACAUUGAUCUGAACACCGACGGUUCCCUGACAUGCAAGUCCACCGGCUACCCAAAAGGCAGACUCAGCUGGUUUGAUAAAGACAACAAGCCUUGGUUAGAGCAACCCGAGGUGAAGGUGCUGAAGACAGAGAAUGGUCUGUUUAUCCUCUCAAGCACGCUGAAAAUACAGGGAGGAUCUGCCUUCUCCAACUACACCUGCAAAGUGUUCAACGCCAGAGGAGACGAAGAGGCGGAGAAAUCCUUCACAGUGCAGAACAAACCACCAUCGGCCAGAGGGCAUGGACAAGGCGCCGAAGGCACCAAUGGCUUCAAAGACUCAAACAUGAUUUUGGACACCAUGAUAGUGGCUCUGUGUUGGUCGUCGGGUCUCUGA